GGCUUCGGCAGACCCGCACCGAAGGCUAUGUUACCGUGGAGCUCGAAAUGUUCUAUCAAGAGUAUCAUGUAUCACUGGAACGCUCUUGUUUGCCACUGACAGAAGCUCAUCACGCAUAGGUUGUGUGCCAAAACACUGGGAUGUAAAGGACUUUCUUUGCCUCCACAGUGCUGCUCUGGUUCACCCAGCGACUGUCUGUAGACCGCCGCGAUGAAACAUCACUUUUAGAAGUAUCUGUCCUAAAACUCAGCAUGCAGGCGAAAAAUACGCCUGCCAUGGGUAUGUUUUAGACAUUUACGCGAAAAUUCUUCGUUAACACCACGCCAUAGUGGUGUGAGAUCCUGCCUGCAGCACCUGCAACUUUCGACGUUCUAGCCGCAUCAUUUCCAUGACGGGCAACUACGAUCGAUACGCUGGCGCUAACACUUUACCUACCAGCCUUUCAAUUUUGCUGUUGAGUGUGUGUCUAUGUUAACAACUUACUAGGAUGCAUCUGUGGUGGACCGAUACAGUGGGAGGUAACGCAUUCGGCAUCAUAGCCUUAUUUCGACCUCCGGUUAGGUGGAUUGGUGUGCUACCAGAUUGCAGGCGGGUAGCCAUGUCAUAGCGCAUGCGGGAUUGAUUGUGUCUCGCGAAAGAAAUAUAGUGCACUGGAUCUUGAGCUUCAGUUACAGAAACAAAGCAUCGUGUUUUGAAUGCGUCAUUUUUUCAGUAACUUCUGAGUGAUAUUGCUGCUCGCUUUUGUUUUCCUCCUUUCUCUUCGUGUCCACUUGAAGUCAGCGCGCCAGUGAGCCCUGUACCAGUGGAGGGAAACCCAUGCCCCGCGGCGGCCACAAGAAAAUGGCUUCGAAAACCUUUUGGAAUCGAGGAAUCAUCUUUUUACGUUCAUAUUCUUUCUUUUUCCUUCCUCUGCUGGCGGCAGCCGCUAGUUCACCUGCAAGUGACGACAAAUAUAUCAUCCCGGACGGCGAGCUCCAGAACCUCCUUGCGGUGCCAACGAAUCUGAGCUCUCUGUCGAACUCUGGAUCUCUUGUCGACUUCUCCACGCUCUUUGAAGCAGCCAGUGAAACUUCUUUCAAUGCAUGGAUCGUGGCUGUCCGUCGAGCUCUUCACCAGUGGCCAGAAACAGCGUACAAUGAGUACAGGACCUCUGCACUGAUUCACAAGCUUCUUAAGGCGAUGAACGUUCGGGUCACAACAGGAUGGGGCACGAAUACAAUUGGCAUGAGCGAAGAAGAAGCGAAAAUUGCACGGGCGCGACGGGAAGGAACGGGACUGGUUGCGGAAAUCGGAACAGGGAAGGAACCUUGUGUUGCGCUGCGAGCUGAUAUCGACGCUCUUCCUAUCUUCGAACGGACUAACGUUCCUUUCCGGUCCAAAGUUGACGGGCAAAUGCAUGCAUGUGGCCACGACGUUCAUACCACGAUGCUUCUGGGAGCAGCGGCGCUGCUUAAGCAGCUGGAGCCCCACAUGGAGGGAACGAUUCGACUUAUCUUCCAACCUGCCGAGGAAGGCGGAGGCGGGGCGCUCAUGAUGAGAGAAGAGGGUGUUCUGACUAUGGCACCACCCGUAGAAUUCAUUUUCGGGAUGCAUGUCGCCCCGGCAUUACCCACAGGGGAAUUGGCGACAAGAAAAGGUGCCAUGAUGGCCGCCGCAACACAAUUCUCAAUCAAUGUGAAGGGACGAGGUGGCCAUGGCGCCGUGCCGCAUGAAACCAUCGACCCGAGUCCAGGCGUAGCAGCGAUCGUUCAGGGAUUAUACGCAAUCGUGGCGCGGGAAACGUCGUUCACGGAAAACACUACCGGUCUUAUCUCUGUCACCCGGAUCCAGGGAGGAACAGCAUUCAACGUGAUACCAUCUGAAUACUUCAUUGGAGGAACGAUCCGGGCCUUGGACAUGGCGAUGAUGCGGAACCUACAGGCUAGAGUUGUAGAACUCGUGGAGAAUUUGGCCCAGGCGUUCAGAUGUCAAGCUGACGUCAAAUAUGGGUCCGUCAGCUACGUACCUCUUGUCAAUGACCCAGACGCGACAGAGUUCUUCAUCCAGACCGCGGCACCGGCGUCGCGGAGCGGAAGGGUGGGGAUAGCGGACCCGACGCUGGGAGGAGAAGAUUUCGCAUUUUUCCUCGAAGACGUUCCCGGUACAUUUGCAGUGAUUGGCAUCGGCAGUGGAGCUGAACACCAGCUAGGCCAUGUCCCUACAAACAUUCCCCUCCACAACCCCAACUUCGCUGUCGAUGAACGAGUGUUGAACCGCGGAGCUGCUGUGCACGCGUUCACUGCACUGAGGGCCUUUUCGUUCUUGGCUAGCAAGAAACGUAAUGCUGGGGCCGCGGAAACACGUACGACCUGUGAAGCCUAGCGGAUAUCGGGGCUGCUGCCCUCGGACGACACCAGUUGAACGUGAAUGCGGGAACCGGUGAAGUGAAAGGACGGGUUCGAGGAGUGCCCUCUCUCGACGAGAAACGAACGGAAAAAGAAGACAUAUUCAGGCUCCUACCGCAGAUCGAAUACGGCUUGUCCUCCCAGCGUUUAUGCUGCUGCCGCGGUCGUUUUUUCUCAGUCAUUGCUCAGGCGUAGGUAGUGUGUACAGUCUCUACGGGAGCAGCGAAGGGCUGGUGGAGGAUAACCUUGGCAUUUCCAAAAAGAGCAUUCCCAGACCAUGGUGUAGAUAAAUGUUUAUAGCUUGUCCACAUUUGCGCGGAGAGACAACCGAUGUAAAUUGUAGCAUUCAGUUUCUUCCCGAGGUUAGUUUCUGUUGCCCCGAUCGCUCCGCUUUCCACGAUUUCAGUCUUUCCAUGAAUUGCCCGUCUGCGAGUCUUUUGACAAGCGGACUCCUACCGGUUCUUUUACACCGGAAUGGCCAUACACACGUGUCAUAAACGUGUCAAAUAUGGGACUAACGGAUUUUUCCAGCAGUUUCUGGUUUACUUUGGUGUGAUCUUAUACACGUGCGUCAAUGUGAGAACAAGAGAGUUGCUCAUAAAACUCCGACUGCACAAAACGGUGUGCUAUUUCUACUAACUUCUUGAUCUACGUGAGCUGAACACUAUCGAGCUCUGGGAAUUGCAUGGGUCAAGUGCGUGAAGUGAGAAUCAUGUAUUCAAUAUAAAAUUCGUCUCGUCGACUAAUCCACUUUUUUAUCGUCUAUUCUGGAGAGCUUUGCAAGCUCAUGGAUUAACUGAAUGCCCCGAAGUACUUGCGAAGUGACGAUUCCGACUUCGAAGAUUCAUUUCCGGUGAUAUUCGCGGUACCAGAAUUUCAGUGCUCGCCAGCAUUGGACACUGCAUUGUGCCAGUUGAAAAGAUGAAAUCUGUCGGUCUCCGGCAUCAUGCGGUGGGGAAGCCUCUUCAAGUUCACAUGUAGAUGGUGUGGAUGGGGCAUCGUUUCAACUGCGAUCAGCAAGGGAAACAGCUCGAAUGAAUUUGUGCCAGAUGCC